AUGGCACCGGAUAAGUCCUCGCGAAAGCAAGAAAUGAAGCGACCGUCGAAGAAGACCAACAGUCCGCCCGUUCCUUGGAUCGACCCUUCAAAUAUGGAUCGAAGCGACUUGGUCGUUCCCUUUAAACCGUUUGACAUGCAUGUCGAGAGGUUUCCACUCCAGCGUCUGAGGGAAAUCCAGCAGCUUCCUGCUUUCGAUACUCUCCCUCGCAUCCUGAUCCCGUCCUCUAAGUUGGAGAUAAAGCCGCCCGUGUUGCAUUAUGCUUGGAUUACAGACCGGUUUGAGUCCAAGCUUUUCCAGCACGCGAAGGAUCACAAUCUACCUAUAAUGCGCAGCUCGAAGACUCAUAUGAAGUAUGAUUCGGACGACGAGUACUGUUCGGACGAAGACGAGGAAGAUAGCAUCGGCUACUACCAACUACUGCAGGAUACCGCCGUUUUUGUGCUCAAAGAGCUGAACUUAUCUUGGGCUCCUGACUUGAUAGACAUUACCAGCUCGCUAAAUUGCCGCGACUCGCUGAUCCUUUCCGUGUUCACGAACUAUGAACUUGCACGCGCCCCUUCUCCAAAGUCCGUGGAAGCACUCCGUCUCUGGCUCGAAGAACCGGAUCAGCCGAAGUGGUACUUGGACGAGAUGGACUACAAGUGGCGCCCCGGAUAUGGCCGUCGAUGGUAA